CGCCUUCCGGGGCGGAGCCGGGGCGGGCCGCGGGCGAGCAGGGCCGAGCCGAGCCGAGCCGAGCGGCACUAUGAUGGCGCAGCGGGCGCUCCCGAACCCCUACGCGGACUAUGACAAGUCCUUGGCCACCAGCUACUUCGACGCGGCCGGGCGGCUGACCCCCGAAUUCACGCAGCGGCUGAAUAACAAAAUCAGGGAGCUGCUGCAGCAGAUGGAGAAGGGCCUCAAGUCCGCCGACCCGCAUGACUGCACCGCGUACACUGGCUGGACAGGCAUUGCUUUGCUGUAUUUGCACCUGUUUGAUGUGUAUGGAGACCCAGCCUACCUUCAGGUGGCCCAUGAGUACGUGAAGAAGAGCCUGAGGUGCUUGACCAGGCGAUCCAUCACUUUCCUGUGUGGUGAUGCCGGGCCCCUGGCAGUGGCUGCUGUCGUCUACCACAAGCUGCAGAACCAGAAGCAGGCAGAAGACUGCAUCAUCCGUUUGCUGCACCUACACAAGGCUGACCCACGAGUGCCAGAUGAGCUCCUCUACGGGCGCAUGGGCUAUCUCUCUGCACUGGUAUUUGUGAAUAAGCACUUCGGAGAGGAAAAGAUCCCUCAGAGUCACAUUCAGCAGGUCUGUGAAGCAGUUGUAGCCUCAGGAGAGAGCUUAGCCAAAAAGAGGAACUUCACAGCAAAGAGCCCACUGAUGUUUGAGUGGUACCAGGAGUACUACGUAGGAGCAGCCCAUGGUUUGGCUGGCAUCUACUACUAUCUCAUGCAGCCUGGCUUUGGAGUGAGCCAAGUAAAGCUGCACAACGCAGUCAAGCCCAGCGUGGACUAUGUCUGCCAGCUCAAGUUCCCAUCUGGGAAUUACCCUCCCUGCAUCGGUGACACCAGAGACCUCCUCGUCCACUGGUGCCAUGGAGCACCAGGUGUAAUCUACAUGCUUCUCCAGGCAUACAAGGUCUUUGGGGAGCAGCAGUACCUGAAUGAUGCCCUGCAGUGUGCAGAAGUGAUCUGGCAGUAUGGGUUACUGAAGAAAGGCUAUGGGCUGUGCCAUGGCACAGCUGGCAAUGCUUAUGCCUUCCUGGCACUGUACAACCUCACUCAGAACAUGAAAUACCUCUACAGGGCCUGCAAGUUUGCAGAGUGGUGUUUAAGCUAUGGGCAGCAUGGGUGCCGGACUCCAGACACACCGUUCUCUCUCUUUGAAGGAAUGGCUGGAACAAUUUACUUUCUUGCUGACCUGCUGGUGCCUACCAAGGCCAAGUUCCCUGCAUUUGAACUCUAAAUCUGAAUCCUGCGUGGCAGUUUGCUGCCCUGUAUCCUUCUGCACUUGGAAAUGCAGUUCAAGGCUGCUUUCUCCUUUUUCCAGACUCACCGUUGUUCGCCUAACUGAACGUAAAUCCAUCCUCCUGAGGGCAUGCUGAGUUCUCUAACAUUUCUAGUUGUCUCAUUAUAUUGUUUAGUUUAAAAGACAUACUGCAGGCUUUGCUGGUGUCCCUUAAAAACUCAGGGCUGCAGGUGGGAGCAGGGAGAACUAUACAGUAUUUGGCUGGCUACAGAGUUUUGCUAUUUCCUGUAUCCCAUUUCCUGGGAAGAAGUUUCCUAUUGAAUGUAACCUGGGCUAUUUAACUUCUUUUUGUGCUAACAAACAGCUGCAGGAAUUUAGCUGCCUUUGGAGGACAACAGAUGGAAAACUGAGACUAUUGCCCUGGAAGUUGUUUUCAAGUGUUUUCUUUUUGAGCACCCAGAGAGCAGAUGGUUCAGUAUCUGGGCUGUGCCACGUGAAGUGAAUGUGAUGGACUGUGGAGUCUUAUGUAUAUUCUGAAUAUCAUAUUGCAACUGGCAGAGCUGGAACUGACAUGCCAAAGGCUUGUCCUGAGUUUGCACCUAUCUGCUCUAAAGGCAAAGGCUCUUCUGUGCAUUUGUUCCAGUGACAGACAAGUAAUCCACUGCCAUAUUACAUUAAACCUUGUUAUUCCAUUGGUCAUUCAAUGGCAAACUCCAGUCCAAAAGUGAGCUAAGCAUGCUUGCUUUUGUGGUCUCUUCUUGUUAGCUUUGAGAGUUUAUUUUGCAGUCUUUAUUUAAAUUUGUGUAUUAGGUGGUGCCAGGUGCCCACCAGCAGCAACAAAGGGAAAAGCAAUGUAUGCCACUGAGUUCUGCCAGUGUUUAACCUAUUAGCUGUAUAGAUGUUAUUUACAUGUUUUCUUUUAUAAGCUUUCCCAAACCUGGAUAAUUUGAGUCACUUGAUUGCCUUGCUACUGCUUGUUGUAGAUUGAUUUGCAGCCACUCAUCUACCCAACUGGAAAAUCUGCACUAGGUUAACUGGCUUUGAUGUGUCAGGCAGAUCAGGUACCUGCAGGGAAAUCUGCUUUUCUAUCCUUAGCUGAUGCUGCACCAGUUCACAGAAAUUUGGGACCUGGCUCUGUAAACCACUUUCUUAGCACUGAGCAUGAGCUAAACACUGAGCUCAGGGAAGUUUACAGAUGUAGCCACACAGCUUUGUGCUGUUUGAGAGCAGCUCCUCAGCCUGCACCAAUGUGGCCAUGGGUUUUGAUAUUUUGAGGGCUGAGCUGCUGAGUGCCUCAAGUCCCAGAUGAGCAGGGGAGAAAUAGCAGGGCAGCAGAGCCACUCUCCUGGACCAGCAAUGGCAAAGCAGGACCACCAGAGCUGGCAGGGUUACGCUCACACAUGCCUGAAUGCAGGGCAGCUGAGCCCAGAGGCACAGGUUGCUCCAUGAGAACCUCCUCCAGGCAAGGAGCAGAAACCAGCUCUGGAAGGCCCAUUUGUUUCCUCAAAGCCCACACUCACGCUGCCCUCAAAGGUUUGUGAAAGUCCAUCAAAAGACAGCCUGAAUUGCAGAAAAGCUCAUCUUGAGGGUGGGCAUCCCUGUCAGAAGGCUCAGGCUCCUGUGAACAGAGCAGGCAUCCCCUGUCAUUCACAGGACCCAAGCAGCACAGGGAGGUGACUGGGAAGCAGAGGGCAGUUGCCUAAUCAAACAGCAUUUGAAGUUACCUCCCAACUUGGCUGGUGUGAUGGCAGUGCAGGGACACUGCUCUGAGCCUGGGUUUCUCCUGGGCAUCACUUCUGUCAAAGGAGAUGGUUUGUGCAGCCUGGGUCGUGGUGGCAUGAGAGCAUGAUGUCCCAAGGUUUGUGCACUGAUCAGGGGAGCAUCAGGGCCUUGUGUACAACUGUUGAGUGGAGCACUGUCUAAUAAAAAUGCUGAAACAACCAAA